GGAUGGGCGGGGCGGGGCCGGGCGCCUCCAGUCCCAGCCCAGCGGAGGGGCUGCUGGAAGGCCUGCCCCCCUCCAAGUGUCUGCAAGAGGUCUGUUCCCGAGCUUUAAAACCCUGAGCCAAAGCCCUGCAUCCCGACCUCUCCUCUCCCGGCCAGUCCUAGCUGGCUUUUCAAAAGUGUGCAAUUGUCUCCUUCCCGCCCAGCCCAAUCCUCGCCCGGGACCAGCUGUGCGCCGCGCCGGCUUCACCCGGGACGCGAUCGAGCGGCGCUCCCCAGUCAGGCACCCCCAGCUUUCCGCUCAGCAACCCGAGCCGCUCCGCAAACUUGGGCAGCUCCAAGUGCACGCUCUGCCUCUCGCCUGGUCCGUCCCUGGCGCGCCCGCUCCCCUCCACCGGGGCUGCCGGUCCCAGCGGGCCGGUAGCUUGCACCCCCUUGGGGUCGUCCUCCCUCCCCGAAGCGCGACCAUGCUGCUAAGGGGCGUCCUCCUGGCAGUACAAGCCCUGCAGCUUGCGGGAGCCCUGGACCUGCCCGCGGGUUCCUGCGCCUUUGAAGAGAACACCUGCGGCUUUGACUCGGUGCUCCAGUUUCAGCCCUGGUUUUUAAACGAGGAAGGCCAUUACAUUUACGUGGACACCUCCUUUGCCAAACAGGGGGAAAAGGCCGUGCUGCUAAGUUCUGACCUACAGGCUGAGGAAUGGAGCUGCCUCCGACUGGUCUACCAGAUAACUGCGUCUUCAAGGUUUCCAUCAGAUACCAGCCGGCUGAACCUCUAUGUGAGAUUUGAAGACGAAAGCUUUGAUCGCUUGCUUUGGUCAGCUAAGGAGCCUUCUGACAGCUGGCUCAUAGCCAGCUUGGACUUGCAGAACAGUUCCAAGAAAUUCAAGAUUUUAAUCGAAGGUGUGCUGGGCCAGGGAAACACAGCCAGCAUUGCGCUCUUUGAAAUCAAGAUGACAACCGGCUACUGUAUCGAAUGUGACUUCGAAGAAAACCACCUGUGUGGCUUUGUGAACCGCUGGAACCCCAAUGUGAACUGGUUUGUCGGAGGAGGAAACAUUCGGAACUCCCCUUCCAUUCUCCCGCAGGAUCACACCUUCAAGAACGAACUAGGCCACUACAUGUACGUGGACUCGGUUUACAUCAAGCACUUCCAGGAGGUGGCGCAACUCAUCUCCCCGAUGACCACGGCCCCCAUGUCCGGCUGCCUGUCGUUUUAUUACCAACUCCAGCAAGGGAAUGACAAUAUCUUCUCCCUCUACACUCGGGAUGGGGCUGGCCUUUACGAGGAAAUCUGGAAAAUGGACAAGCCAGGGAAUGGUGUGUGGAAUCUUGCUGAGGUGGAGUUCAGCGCGCCGUACCCCAUGGAGGUUAUUUUUGAAGUUGCUUUCAAUGGUCCUAAAGGAGGGUAUGUUGCCCUGGAUGAUAUUUCUUUCUCUCCUGUUCACUGCCAAAAUCAGACAGAACUUCCUUUCAGUGCCAUGGAAGCCAGCUGCAAUUUUGAGGAAGAUCUCUGCAACUUUUAUCAAGACAAAGAAGGUCCAGGCUGGACCCGGGUGAAAGUAAAACCAAACAUGUAUCGGGCCGGAGACCACACAUCAGGCAUCGGGUAUUACUUGCUGGCCAACACAAAGUUUACAUCUCAGCCUGGCUACAUUGGAAGGCUCUACGGUCCAUCCCUGCCGGGAAAUUUGCAGUAUUGUCUACGUUUUUAUUAUGCCAUCUAUGGGUUUUUAAAAAUGAGUGACACCCUAGCAGUUUACAUCUUUGAAGAGAACCACGUAGUUCAAGAGAAAAUUUGGUCUGUGCUGGAGUCUCCAAGGGGUGUCUGGAUGCAAGCUGAAAUCACCUUCAAGAAGCCUAUGCCAACCAAGGUGGUUUUCAUGAGCCUAUGCAAAAGUUUUUGGGACUGUGGACUGGUAGCCCUGGAUGACAUUACAGUACAGUUGGGAAGCUGCUCGUCUCCAGAGGGGCUUCCACCUCCACCUGGAGAGUGUACUUUCGAACAAGAUGAAUGUGCUUUUACCCAGGAGAGAAGAAACAGGAGCAGCUGGCACAGGAGGAGGGGAGAAACCCCCACCUCCUACACAGGACCAAAGGGAGAUCACACUACUGGGGUAGGGUACUACAUGUACAUCGAGGCCUCCCACAUGGUGUAUGGACAAAAAGCACAUCUCUUGUCCUGGCCUCUGAGAGGAGUCACCGGAAAACACUGCUUGACCUUUUUCUACCACAUGUAUGGAGCAGGGACUGGCCUGCUGAGUGUUUAUUUGAAAAGGGCAGGCGAUGGUGAAGAGUCCCUCUUAUGGCGAAGAAGAGGCGAACAGAGCAUUUCCUGGCUACGGGCGCUGAUCGAAUACAGUUGUGAGUCCCAGCACCAGGUAAUUUUUGAAGCCAUUCGGGGAGUGUCAAUAAGAAGUGAUAUUGCCAUUGAUGAUGUUAAAUUUCAAGCAGGACCCUGUUCAGAAAUGGAAGAUAUGACCCAGCAGUCAUCAGGAUAUUCUGAGGAUUUAAAUGAAAUUGAGUUUUAAGAAAUGAUCUGAAUUGGAUAAACUAAACAAGAGCCAUACCUCUCUUCAAUCAAAAUGAACACAAAACAAAUAAAUACCGGACAGUCUUAACCAUUUUGUGAAUUAUAAAACGACUUCACAGCACAGUAUUCUUUUUCAUUACUUUUGCAAAAAAUACUGACUCAGGGCUUUUUGGUGUUUUUGUUUUUGGUUUUUGGGUUGUUUUUUUUUUUUUUUCCUUUUUGCGUAUGACAACUGUUACGGAAAUACAGGCUAUUGAUUUUGCGUAGAUCAUUCAUCUUAAUUUUGGUUCCAGUUAGAAAUACAAAUAUACUAUAUUGCAGUCACUUUAAAGUAUGCAAAUGGAAGGGCACAAUCAAAAUGAGAUGUGUCAUUUAAAUCUGCAUUCAGUGAAUGUAUUGGGAGGAGAAGAUGUCUCGUGGGUUUCUUUUUGACUUUCAAGUAUCGCAGCUGUUUUUAAAGUAAUAACGUGAGGUGUCAGUAUCUGCAGAAUGAAUGCAGUUUUUCACGGUAACGAGUUAGUCUAAGAAAACAAAAUCUUAUUUUCUACGUUUUAUUCAUAGAAAUGGAGUGUUAAUUAUUAAAUAUUUUUACCCUAUGUGAUAACUAAGGAUCUUUCCUGAAUGUCCCAGGGUAAGUCAGUAUUAGUUAAUGCUGUAUUACAAGGCAAUGCUACUUUCUUUCUUCCCCCCUUUGAACUACUUGGGAAAGUCACUAUGAACACAUGGAUUAGAAAUUGCACUCUUUUUUC